UUCCGUUAAUGACGUCACGAACCUUUUGUUUGCAUUUCUACACCAUGUUCUGAGUUUGUUUUGGUUCUAAAAUACUCGUCGGGGUUAACUUCAACCUGCUUAUAAUAUUGAUUCUUUAAGGAGAACAAUUUUGUUUGGUACCCAAAGCCUUCCAUCAUGAAUGAGGGGAGGAAGUGGUCAUGCGAAUAUUGUACCUAUGAAAACUUCCCAGCUACUAAACGCUGUACUCUGUGCCGUGCUUUGCGCCCACCACAGCUCAUCAAUGAUGAGACAGUGGAACAAGAUAUCUACAAAAUGGCUCCCUUGAUUUGCCAAGAUGUGGACAAUGGGAACAUAAGCAGUGGUAGUAGUACCUCAGGGGUGACCUCUUCAGACAUUGGAAAAAAAUGGUCCUGCCAUGUUUGUACCUAUCUCAACUGGCCUAGAGCCAUUAAAUGUACACAGUGUCUUACCCCAAGACUCAAGUCUCCAUCCCCAACUUCUCCUACUCAUAGUUUUACCAAACCUCUUAGUAUAAAUGUAAAUAUAUCAGAACCCUCAGGAUCUCGAUAUGCUGCCAGACGGAACUCACCAAGCUCACCAGAGGCAACAAAGGAGCAUAACAAUGACAGGAAUAAAGCAGUUGCUGCAGCAUUGAUAAAAUGGUGCUGCAAGGCUUGCACAUAUGAGAACUGGCCUCGUUCACAGAAGUGUGUCAUAUGUGGCACAGCUCGCGGACGUUUUUCUUCAGGUACAUCAGCAGCAGAGACUGCAAGUGCAGAGGAUGGACACAUAGACUCACCUUCUAUACAGGAGAAUAGUGCUGCUUGUGAUAAUAAGAACACAAAUAGCAGCAGCAGCAGUAGUACCAGUUGUUCUAGUAGUGGUUCAAAUUUAACAAGUAGCAUAUCUGCAGUCACAAAAGGUGCUCCUCGCUCUCCUCCUGCUGCUCGUAGUGCUGAGGUGAUAGCUGGGGCCUCAGGAGGAGCCUCUGCUUCAGCUCCUUCACCCACUAUAUAUCAAGAAAAGAAUAAAGAGGAAAGAAGGCGUCUCAAGCAGAUAAGGAACCGCAUGUGUGAGAGUGACUGGUUGUGGCUGAAUGCCUGUUCUGGUGUUGUAGAAGGAGAUGCUCAGGCUGUGGAGGCUUUUAUUCAGUCAGGGGGUGACCCUGCAAGACAUUUGACAGCUGAUGAGGUGGCUAUACUAAAUAGACCUAGUGCAUUUGUGCCAGGGUACACUAUCGUUCAUCUAGCCAUACGUUUUCAACGAGAGGACAUGUUAGCAGUUUUGUUAACCAGCACAGAUGUAGCCAGUAAAGCAGCUAAACGCAUGCCUUCACAUGUCAGUCCUGAUCUGGCAGCAGAAAUAUUGCGUGAGAUUUCAUCUUCCAUCCGUCAAAGGAAAGGAGACUUUCCUUGUUACUUCCUCACUGAGUGCGCUACCUUUGCACUCCCUACAGACAUUGAAGAUCUUCCAAGGCCUGUCCAAAAACAGUUGUUUGAUGAAUUAUUAGAUAGAGAUGUUCAAAAAGAAUUGGAAGUAGAAGAGCAAAUCAUCAAUUGGAGCCAUGAGAUUACAGAGAGGCUUGGCAGUAGGUUGUAUGCUCUGUGGAACCGUACAGCUGGGGACUGCCUCCUAGACUCAGUGCUCCAGUCCACUUGGGGAAUUUUUGACAGGGACAACACAUUACGGAGGGCCAUGUCAGACAGCUUGACUGAGGGAGCUUGCACAUUCUAUCCAAGAUGGAAAGAGUAUGAGUCUGUACAGGCCCAGACCAUGCAGUUCAGUCUAGAGGAGAACCAGUGGCAGCAAGACUGGGCCAUACUUCUCAGUCUAGCUGGCCAACCAGGAGCUGCGCUGGAACAGAUCCAUAUUUUUGCAGUGGCACAUAUCCUAAGGAGACCUAUAAUUGUUUAUGGAGUUAAAUUUGUCAAGAAUUUUAGAGGAGAAAAUAUUGGAAUUGCAAGAUUUCAAGGUGUGUACCUGCCUCUGUUGUGGGAGCAGAGUUUCUGUUGGAAGACACCCAUUGCUCUGGGCUACACCAGGGGGCAUUUUUCUGCCUUAGUUGCCAUGGAGAUAGACACAGAUGAGAACGUAGGAGCUGGUGCUAAUAUAGAUACCAAUGAGGAUGCUCAAACUGCUUACUUGCCAUUGACAGACAGUGAAGGGAAGCUUCUCCCUGUUCAUUUUCUCACAGCCUCAGAGACUGGUAAAGAGGAAGCCAUUCUCAGGGACUGGUUAGACUGUUGUGUCACUGAUGGUGGAUUACUUGUUGCACAGCAGAAGUUUGGCAAGCAGCCCACACAGGUUCGCCAAAUGAUGGACGAAUGGCUGGACCGCUAUAGGAAAAUUGCUCAUGUUGUUCAGUCUCCCACAAGAUCUCAGUGCCAACAGACUUUAUCCAGUGAUGGAGAAACUGAUGACGAGUGAAGGGUGUCUUCAGAUUUUCUAACAAAAAUAAAGAGUCCUAGACCCAUGCAUGGCUCUCAUGAUAGCUGUAAAAUUUUGAAAAUGGGGGAGCUUGUGCCUCAGAUCAAGAAAGUUUGUGGCAUGUUUUAUCAUGGAGGGAGAAGUCAGUGGGUCUUACAUCAUUGGCAGCUUUCUGGUUGAUACAUCCUGGGCAUGAUGUGCUCUUCACUGAAAAGAAUCACUUUCUAAGUGUUCUUGACAACCAAUUUUUUUCUUUACCCAAUGGGUUAUUUUUUUCAGUGAUGUCUGUAUUGUAAAUGGUUGUGGCAAAGCUAUUGUUAUAAUGAUUUUAAGUGAUUGGAAACAAUUGACAGUAAUAUUUUCUUGACAUUUCUCAUUUUUGGGGGAUGGUUCAGUAAGUAGGGUUCAAUAAGGAUUCAAAUACAUCAGUGCAUAUGAAUGGACAGAGAUUAAUUAAGUCUGGUGCUUUGGCAAUGUUUUGUUCAACAAUGACAAAAUGAGCUAGGAAUUGUUAUUGAUAGAUAUUUAGAUUGGUGGUUUUUGGACAGUUUUAGAUUAUAUGUUUGAUUAUUCACCAAUUAAUACUGUUGGAUCAGUAGUUGACAUGAUGUGUGUAUUCCAGUAAGCAAAUAAUAAUAUUACAGGGAUACAUUUUAACUAUUGACAGGUUUCAUAUCUGUGUACAGGAUCGCAGUACCACUUUUUAGUUUGCUUAUGUUUUUCACAAUGCUUUUUUUCACAUUUUUAUCCCAUUAUUUGGAUGUAUAACAUAAUAGAAUCAUAGGAAUUAUACAUGUUAGAAUAUUUUAUUUAUUUGAAUGGUUAUGUAUGCUACAUGCUGCAUUAUGACCUGACAUUGUCUAAAGGAAGCCUAGUGGCACUUUGAACGUUAAUGUACCAUUACUGUAGUAGGAUGUACAAAAUCAUUGUAACAUUGAAAUUAUUUGCUGUACUUCAUAGAGAGCAGACUGCACUGGACUAUAGUGAUCUGUUUGCAAAUAUCAUCUACAUCAAUAUCAGUUGCAUGUUUUGGUUCUAAGACUAAUAGUAAAUUUACAUUGUUUUCUAUUAGUUAUCAGUAUACAGUGUAAUGUUUCUUAUAGAAAACCCACUUCCGAAACAUUUUCAUUUGACAAUAUAAUAGAAUACAUAUAAAGAUAUUUGACUUUGUGUAUGCAAUUUAAGCCAUCAACAUUAUUAUUAUUAUUAUUGAGAAAGUAAAGUACUGUGACAAUAAUAAUAAUAAUUAUAAUAAUAAACUUUAAAGAGGGUAAAACGUGUUAAGUAACCAGAAUAACCAGUUAAAUGAUUUAGUCAUGGAAUAGAUUGUAUAUCAUAACCUCAUAACAUACAUUUAUUGUUUGUCCAAGAUGAUAUGCAACCAUGUAAAGUAUAUACGCUGUAUCUCAUUUUGUAUCAUAUACCUCUGUUUUAUUUGAAAAGUACAUGGAUUCAUUCUGAAUUUAAGUAAGGUGGUUAAACUGGUGUUGAUUAUGAACAUGCAAACCUUUGUGUGUGCUGUUCAUUAUGUAAAUGAUGCCUGUUGGAAAGGUAUUUGCAAGCAACCGUCUCACCUAACACAUUUCUUCCAAUAAUAAUAAUGGUCUUUUCAACACCACAGCUAUUAGAAAUGUUCAUUCUUCCUGACCUGUAUUUUUAUUGGAAAUGAGUAUUUGAGUGUUUUCAGAAAUAUGUGAAAAAUUUGCCUGUCACCAGCAUUUGCUGAUGUCUUUCAAAUGAUUUAGUCUGAAUUCUGUAUACGAGUACCCCUAUCAAACAGCAAACCUGAAUUUGUGCAACAGAAAGGAUAAAGUUUUUUUUUUGUGUUUUGUCUGGUUCUGCUAUAACCACUUUUCACAUUAUCCACCAUUAUAUAUGUAAGCACCUCAAAAUGCUCCACAUAUAUGUAUAAACAUAACCUAGCAUACAGAUAUUUAUGAUACUUCAUAUAUCUAUGGGAUUUUGGUGCUUCAAGUGAUAUUUUUUGCAUCAUGUGGAGAACAUUUGCAUUUGCAAAUUGUAAGGUUCUCUCUCACUUAGGCCCCUUUUCACACAGAGCGAUAGUUUUCUGCAUUGCUGUAGUUAGAGAGAUUGGCAAAUUAAUAAUGGUAUGAAAAUUAUGCAAUAUGCACUUAAACAGAGCCACCAUGCUUAACAAGGCCAGUUAACCCAGUGAAUUUUGACUGAUGCAUAAGGGCUUGCGAAAGGGGGUACCUACAUUCCCCCCGAUUGAAAUUUUAUGCUAAGAAAAUUUGAACUGGUGUGGUACAGAAAACUACUGCUCAAUGUGAAAAUGGCCUUAGUUUCUAGACUUGAUAGUAUGUGUUGUUGAGGAUAGCUCAAACGGGCUUUGCAUUAAAGUAGAUAGAACCAGUGGUUGUUUGAGGUUAAGUCUACCUUCACUUUUGUGUUGAUUUGCAACUUGGGUGCAAUAUUGUAUUUAGAAUGAUAAUAUAUAUUAUAUAUAUAUUAAGAGAAUGCAUGUCAGUUUCACAUGCAUUCUCUUAUAUUAUGAUUUAUGAGUUUUUUAGUUUUUGUGGUGCUGCACUUGAAAGACUUUUCAUAUAAUUUCACUUUCAUAACAUAUGGCACACCCCUCUUCAUUUGGCAAUAUAUUAUUUCAAAUCCAUUUUGACGUGAUUAGUUGUAACAUUGUUUGAUACACUGAAAUAUGAUUUGGGUUUCCUUCUCAUACAGAUGUAUCAGCAUCUUACAGAAUGUUACUAAGUAGAUGGUUGAAAGGAAUCAAAAUUUUGCAUCCUUUUGUCACAAGCAUUUCUGGAUUGAAAAUAAUUACCAGCGAUAGAUGUGACACAAUGUCACCUUGGUCCAGUCAGCUUAGUUUACCUAUGUGGCCUUCUUUUUAGACGAGGCUCUACUUAAACAAAUGACAAGCAUAUACCAGCCUUCAAAUAAGGCAUGAUAAAAUCUAACUUUUGGAUUGAAGAAUCAAAUCUGCUUAUCUAGUUCAAUAAUUUAAUAAGAAUCGCUCAUGAUAUUUCUACAUGCCACACCAAUGGUACGCACUUAAUUAGCCAAAUUAUAGUGCAUUUCCUCCAACAUUUCAUAGUCUGUAAUUUGCUUGCCCAUGUAUAUUUAUAAAUCUGUCUUAAUAUUAAACCAUGUUUACUUUGGUGCUCAUUUGUGCAUGUAAGUGAAACAGGUCUCCAUAAGCUCCAAGAGUAUAGCAUAUAAUGGUCCACUUCACCAGCAAAAACAAAUAAAUGAAUACCAAACCAUAUCUUAGAAAUCAUCUUUUUAUUAGUUAAUACAAAUAUUAAAUAAAAGAAUUAAUCUAUGAAAUAUUGCUUCAAUUUAAAACAUUUGAAAAAUGAGAUACUGGCAAUAGUCACCAAUGCACACGUAAAUGUGUCAAACUAGUUUUAGCGUUGUAAAUUAUACUACAAAUAAGUGCUUUUGCUUAAUUAAAUGGAACUGGAUUUCAUAUAAAGUAUUUUUUUUUUAUUUAAAGCAUGUUUUUCAGUGUAAAUAACAUGGAUGAAAAAACAAACUGAUAUACAGUAAUAUGGCUGAAUUACAUUUCACCAAAAAGUAAGGUUAUUUUGUGCAUUUAAUACUGAGACAAACAGCUUCGAACAGCCCAAAAAAAUGCUAAGCUUUAAUGAUUGACUAAUAAGUUCAUGUCCCACUACUCUUUUGAUUACUAAAUUUAUAUACACAUUCUAAAUGUUUAUAGAAAACUGACUAAAUCAAUUCCAUAAUGUCUGUUCUACACCUUUUGACAAAAUGAUCACGCAGAAAAAGUUACUUGAAAGAGAAGCAAUUGCAAAUUUACAAAAGGUGAUGUAUCUUAAUCAUAGACUAGUGUCCAUUCAUCCAAAUUCAACAUGUUGUAAUAUACAAUAUUAAAUUUUUUAUGAAACAUUAAGUAAUUGAGGUCUGAUAUCAAUUAAUUUCUGCCAUGAUCAACCUGAUAUACAUGUACAU